AUGUUGCUUUACAAUCUCUUCGUUCUUUCGUCGGUCCUGCUUUCGUCAGGUCAUGCUGUUAAUCUCGAGGCCGAUCUCGGAUUGAGUGAUUUCGGAUUGAAUAAGUACAACAAACGCAAUACAGAAAAGGAAGAUGCUCUGCGGGAAAGUUUCCUAAAGUAUUUCAAAGAACACUGCAACAAUGGGACUUUGCAGCUGAACUACGAUCAUAGCGUGUACCACUAUCUCCAUGACUAUCUUUUUUGGUGGACGAGAGUUUAUCCUAACGCUCGUAUAUUCUACUCGUUUAUCAGCAAAUGGCCAAAAACGGAAAAAACUUGGUCCCAAAUAGGAAAGGAACACAUCGAAUACAUCACUUCUUACCACCUUUCUAAGAACACGAAUAAAACCUGCGAGGUAAGCAAGUUUGAUAUGUAG